GCGCAACCAAGGUAAACCUCUCCCAGCCAGGCACAAUUCAAGUCGACAAACACGGUCCUACACAAAAGGACGGUUGUUUUGGUCGGGCGUCUCAUCUUUUGAAAUCCGAGUUGGAGUUUACAUAAAGAAAGCCUUCACGGAAGGCGCUCGAGGGGAAACGUCAUGACGGACGUCAAGAGCAAGAACCUCUACGAGCUUUUGGGCAAUACAUCGGAUCAGGAUUCUGAUCGCGAGCCCGAGCCACCCACCAAAGCCAUCGACAAGACUGCACCUCGAUCCGGCAAACGCGAUGCCCCCAAGGCUGCUCCUGCAGCACCCACCGAGGUAGCUGGUCGUGGUCGUGGCGGACGUCGUGGAGGCGGCUUUUCAGGAAAUGAAGCAGCUUUCCGUGAUCGAGCCACCGGCCGAAACUUCAACCGCGAGCAGCCAACCGGUGAUGGAGCUGGUCAAGAUGGUUACGGAAACCGAGGUGGUCGUGGCCCCGGUGCUCGCCGCGGUGGUCGUGCCCAGGGACCUCGACGUGGCGGUGAUCGUCACAGCCGUACCGGCAUCGCUGACCAUCCCAAGCAAGAAGGACAUGGAUGGGGCGAGAACACCGGCGAGGGAGAAUUGGCCGACGAGAAAGCUGGAGAUGCCAUUGCCAGUCAAGAGGUCAAAGAAGGUGGAUUUGAUGCUGGCCAAAGCGCAGCUUGGGAUGCCAACGCAGAACAAGUCAACCUUGACGGCGAAGCCCAAGAGCAGGAAGCAGAGCCUGAAGACAACAACAAAUCCUACGCCGACUAUGUUGCUGAGCAAGCUGCCAAGAAACUCGAAUCUCUGGGACUGAAGGAAGCCCGUGCGCCCAACGAGGGUGCUAAAGAGAACAAGAAGUGGAAGUCGGCCAAGGAGCUGACCAAGGAGGAAACUACCGACUAUUUCAAGGGCGAGGACAAGGCCAAACGGGAGCGCGCUCGUGAGGCUAAGAAGGAAUUCCUCGACAUCGACUACAGCUUCAAGGAGAGCCGUGAGACCACCCGUGGCCGUGGAGGACGCGGCGGCGGACGUGGCCGAGGCGACCGUGGAGACUAUCGUGGUGAAGGUCGAGGCGAAUUCCGCGGUGGCCGUGGUGGUGGCCGUGGCCGUGGUGAUCGAGGCGAGUUCCGCGGACGUGGUGGACGUGGCCGUGGCAGCAGCGACGGACCCGCGGUCGCCGUCAACGACGAGACGGCUUUCCCCUCGCUGGGAGCAAAGUAAAUGCUCAGAAUGGCUUUGGAUCGAGCGGCCCAAGCUUCGAUGAGACGGAUAUGCAUCGACACAAACACAGACACAUACAUGAUGCACCUCUUCAACACGCAACCCCCCCAACUUUGUACUAGUGACAUGCAUCGCACACUCCUUGACCCCGCGUCAGCAUCCUCCUCUUGUUCCCAUCUUCUUCGACUUCAGGCACGUCGUGGCAUUUAUCACAGGAGAUGGGACCUGCACCAUAUCUUUUCAGUUGUGACUGACCCAAAAGCAUAGAACAACGGAACUGGGCAGGAGGGAUUUUGUUCUACACUCUCAUGUUGGCAUACUCCUGUGCCAGCUCGGACCCAUGUAGCCAAUGUUCCUAGCCUAAUACACGUUGGCAAUCAGAAUGGACAAUUUGUUGAUCAUCUUUCCCUCGUCAAGUCACGUCAUGUACGCAGAAUAGCAUUUUGUCUAAAAGUGCCGUGCCAUGCCACGCCAUGCCAUG